AACGAGAGCGCUUCUCCCCAGACCAAGAAAGAGAGAGGGGGAUCGAAAACGAGCGCGUCGUGGGUUUCGCUCCCCCCACCCCUUGCCGCUGCCGCUGCCUCCUCUCCCUCCCCUCUCCUUUCUCCGCCGAAUCCCCGGAGGUUCGGAUUCUCCCUCUCCCUUCCCUAUUCCUUCCCACUCUGCAUCGUUCGCAUCGCCGCUCCGAGAGCUGUCUUUCGAUCCUCUUCGCGGCCGGAACCUGGCAGCUUUCGCGAAUUCUAGGAGCUGAAGUUUUUGCCGUUUGAAGACAUGCCUCUCUAUAAAAAAAAACCGUUAUCCAUGUCGGAGGCACCAAAGGAUUUGGACCCACAUGAGCCGGUCUUCCAAGUUCGGUUCACGAAGGAACUUUUCAGAGAUUAUGAAGAUUAUUUAAAGAGAGUGAAUCUUUAUCGCCAACGAGUGUGGAGAUGUAAAGUUACUGGGAAGUCAAAUUUGACUUACGAGGAAGCUUUGGUGUCUGAGCAUCGUGCCACUGAAAAUGUUCAACAGUUCCCUAAGGAUUUAAUGCCUCGGGUGCUUCACAUGAUCCAAUUCAGCACGUCUACCUUAAAUGAUCUUGUGAAUGAAAUGUAUUACAAGUUACAGGAAAGCCUUUUUGAAGGAUUAGAAUUGCAGGGAAGGAAAGAUGACUCUGUUUAUUCAUGUAAAAUUCUAAAAAUUUUAGAUGAUGGAAAUACUGUCCAAUACCAAGUAGGUUGGUUUGACAAAGAUAAGAAGAUAAUCGACUCUUCUAUAGUAAAAGCUGAAGACCUGAUACACAAGAAGAGGCCAUUUAGUAGGAGAGUACUGAAGGAGUUCAUUAAAGAAUCAACUUAUCAGACUUCUCCAUGGGUGGUUCAUGAAAAUGUUGCUAAGAAGCACGGGAUCAUGACUGAACCUCCAGAAGAAAUGAGAGAUAUACUUACUCUUCAAAAUGGAAGGAUUUGGAGUACUAAGAAGAAGUGGGAUUUUCAAAAUUCCAAAAUCAACAAGAAAAGAAAAGAAGCUGAAAAUGGAAAUUUAGAAGGACCAGACAAAAAAAUAAAGAAAGACAAUCCAAAUGCUGAGCCAGUCAGAUAUCCUAUUGAUGACCUUUUAGUGUUCCCUGCCCCUGAUGAUCCUAUUUUUACUGAACGACCUCCUUUGUCAUUGGAGUUUAAUGUGCCAAUGAACUGUGUGGGAGACCUUCUUAUGGUGUGGGACUUCUGUUGCACCUUUGGCAAAUUGUUGCAUUUAUGGCCAUUCAGUCUUGAUGAUUUGGAGAAUGCAAUUUGUCACAAGGAUAGCAAUCUUACUUUGAUAGUAGAACUGCACUCAUCGAUACUGCAACUGCUCAUCAAGGAUGAGGGUGACUAUUUCUUGGUCACUAGGGACAAAAAAAGGAAAUCAAAGAUCAGACUAAUCAACUGGGCUGAGUUCUUAUGUGAUUUUGUGGAGAUGAGAGAUCGUGAAGAGCUAUCAGGUUAUGUGGGAACUAUCAAACGUGGGCAUUAUGGUCUUCUAGAAGCUCAUAUAAAGCUGCGUAUAUUGAGGGAACUGGUUGCGGAGGCUCUUGGAACUGAUGCUAUCAGAGUUAAUUUAGAGGAACGGGUUGAACAGCAGCAAGCACUUGCAGCUGUAAAAAGGGAUGAAGCCAGAAGGCAGAAAGAAGAAUUGCUGAAAAUGGAAAAUUCUGACAAUAAAGGAACAGCUGCAGGAAACAUAGUAGAAAAUGGCAGCAGGAAUGAUCACAGUAUGACUCUAAGUGAAUCAUAUGUAGAUUAUGUUGAUGAGGUCCAUAUAUCUGAUAAAAAUCAUAUUGCAGAAAAUCGAGAAAAAAAGCAUUAUUCCUACAUCUCAGCAGAAGCAGCAAAGAAGCUGAGAAUGGGAGAUGGGUGUAAUUCAGAAGGUAUGAAGGCCCAAAGAAGAGGAAAGGAUAAAGACAAAGAGACUCCGAAGCCUGAAGCCACGAAAGAGCACCUUGAAAGAGAAAUUGAGAAGUUAUCGGUGCGGACUAAUUCUUUAGGGAAAGAUAGAAACCACAAUAGGUAUUGGUUCUUCCGGCGUGAAAGAAGACUAUUUGUUGAGAGCUCAGACUCUAUGCAGUGGGGCUACUAUUCCACUAAGGAAGAGCUUGAUGCACUUUUGGGCUCGCUCAAUCCAAAAGGUGAGAGGGAAAGAGGCCUUAAAAGGCAGCUUGAAAAAUACUACAAUAGAAUAAGCUUGGCAUUACAGAAGAGAUCAAAAGAUAUUGCUCAGAAGGUCCUACUCGAGGAAAACGUACUUCGGAGGUCUACACGUGUGCGUGCGCAACCUAGGGACAGUUCAGCUACAGCAUUUCUUAGAUACAAGAACAAGUGGAAGGAGAACUGAUCUACCGCAUUUUCAGGUAGCACUAUUUUAAAAAUGUAGCAGUUUUUCAUGGUAUGCCAUUCGUGAAUUUGUAUAUGGGUGACCUCAUUUUUUUGGACACAUCAGUUCUCAUUUUAAUGUAUAACUCUAUCCAAGGACAUUUCAUUUUCGGGACAUGAGAAAUAUAGACUCAUGACUAGGGUGCCUGUCCAUCUCAUCCCUGAUAUGUAAGGAUGUAAGGACAUCCCACGGAUGAUAUAAUCUAACCAAUGUUAUCACCGCUACUCUCGGUAAAAGCUUUUCUGA